CUCACCUCCGAUGAGUCACCAAUCUCCAGAGAGAUCCCUGGGCAGGAAGAAAAAGACAAAGCUGAAAACGCCAAGAAAACAGAUGCCGAAGAGGAAGAAAUAGAUAUCGACCUGAAUGCUCCAGAAACGGAGAAAGCCGCCCUGGCCAUCCAGGGCAAGUUUAGACGUUUCCAGAAACGGAAACAGGACCCCAGUUCCUGA